CACUGCGCCUCCCCCGCGGCAACGGAGAUGGACGAGCCCGCCGACGCCGGCGCCGUGGCUUCCUCCACCUCGUCCUCCUCACUGUCCAGCCCCGACGAAGACGCGUUCCAGGAUCAGCUCGCCGGGCACGGAGCGCUCGCGCCGCCACCAGCCGCCGACGUCGCCGUCGCCCAGCCGGUACCGCGGUGGCGGCUCUGGGCGACGACCGCGCGCGCCGGCGCACCAUGGCUGCGCGAGGCGUGCGAGAACCCGGCGCGGGACCUCGUGGCGUGGACCAGGCGGGGCGGCGCGCCCCGUUCUCUCCUCGUCGUGUUGGUUGGAUCCGUGGCGCUCGUGGUGCUAACCGGCCUCCUGAUCGUCGUCUUCUUCGUGGUGGCGGCGGCGACGAACGCCAUCGCCGUUUCCGUCGUCGUGUCCAUGGCCGCCGCCGGGGGUUUCCUGGCCGUGCUGCUGGCUUUCCUGGCCGCCAUAUACAUCGGCGCACUUUCCGUUGCUGUGUUUGUUAUCUCGGUCACGACGAUCGCAACAGCCAUUGCCAUAACGAUCGCCACUGGUUGGGUUGCGUUCUUCUGGUUUGUUUGGUUUACUGCCAGAGAAUGCCUGAUCCUGGCAACUAAGCGAAGAACCGGCACCAUAAAUCCAUGAUCUGAGCGUGUACAUUUUACCUCUGACGGCAUGCAGGUGCACAGGCCCACACUUGUUAGCCACAACGCAUGGUGCAGCAACAAAGGCUGACAAAUUCGUUCGUUUUUUUAUGGCCGAAUGGUGUCCAUGAAAUGAAUGGAUGCAAGAAUAUUCAGUGAUUUUUAUAUCUCUCCCCAUGAUUCGGUAUGCUCCAGCUAGCAGUUAAAUCGGUCCAUGCAGUUGUCAUCGAGGACGAUGCACCAUUUGCCUUCUUUACUGAAAAUGGCCUAAGAGCUUGGUAAAUUCCUAAAGCUCAAUUUUAUGUAAAUGUUAGAAGUUAAACAAGUGUGUAAAGCAGAUAAUUUAAUUCCUA